AUGUUCAAGAUUAACGUGAAACAACCCUUGUUUAAGCGAGGGUUAACUGGGUCUGCGGCGGCCAGAGUCCCACUGACCUAUGAAUUGCAUAGCUCCCCCAAAGGUGCAGAGACACACAACGUGAAUAAGGGACACCCUAUCAUAUUUCUACAUGGGUUUCUUGGAUCAAAACGAGAAAACAGACCCGAUCUACGAAACCAUGGAGAUUCUGGCCACCACCCCAGCCAUACUUAUGUCGAUCUAGCGCUGGAUGUUGAGUCGUUUAUCCAAAAACAUCGACUUGAACGCCCGGCAGUAAUCGGCCACUCAAUGGGCGCAAAAACAGCCAUGACGCUUGCUCUGCGUUAUCCAAACCUCGUGUCAAAAGUCGUUGCUAUCGACAAUGGCCCAAUUCAUUUGCCGUUGAAGUCAUACUUCCCAAAUUAUCUUCAAGGAAUGGCAAAAGCCAACGACGCCAAAGUAAAGUCUCAUCUAGAAGCAGAUAUGAUUCUCCGUCAAUACGAAUCGUCGCCAUCGGUACGACUAUGGCUACUAAGCAAUUUUGUCAAAAGCAAGGACCAGCCUCACUUGCAACUACGUAUUCCUCUCGAUAUUCUGGAGAAGGCGAUGGGACCAUUGGGUGAUUUUCCGGACAAGGACAGCUCUUUGAAAUUUCGGUCUCCUACUCUAUUUCUUCGAGGCCUUCAGAGUCACUAUGUACCUGAUAGUGCUUUCCCGCUUAUUUCGUCACUUUUCCCCCAGUCAAAGAUUGUUGAUAUCGAUUGCGGGCAUUGGAUUGUUCAAGAUCGACCUGAAGAAUUCAAAAAAGUUGUUGUUGAUUUCCUACAGGCCGACGAAUAG